GACUGACAAGUUGUUAUCACCCAGAGAAUAAUGUCUAAGUUCUAAGAGUAACUUGUGAAUUAAAUUGCAGUUUUAAAAAAUGUCAGAUUAUCCAUUGUGUCCUCCUUUUUAUGAUGAAAGUGCAAAUAUUAAAAUUGAACCACCAUCACCUCCACAAGUUAUGAUUCAGGAAGAUAAUACCAGCGCACAUCCAUCACAUACAUAUACCGAUAAUACUAUUUUAAUCAAAGAAGAAAUAACACCUCCAGAAGAAAUUGAAGAAAAAACCAGCUUACAUCACUCACAUAAUAAUACUGUUUUAACCAAUAAUGAAGAAUACAUUAAAAAUGAACCAGAAUUACAUUCGGAAGUAUUUAUUAAAGAGGAAAAAUUCGAAGAACCUGAACAAGAAACUACUGAUAUUGUGUCUGAUCAAGAUAAACAAAUUGGAAGUAAUAAUGAGAAACGUUUUGCAUGUGUUAUUUGUGAUAAAACAUUUGCUCACCUAGGUAAUUUACAUGUGCAUGAAAGAGUUCAUACUGGAGAAAAACCAUUUUCAUGUGAUUAUUGUGAUCAAAAGUUUACUCAAAAAUUCAAUUUAAUUAAGCAUUUACCGAAACAUACCGGAGAAAAACCAUCGACGUGUGAUAUCUGUGGUAAGAUUUUUAUUAACCCAGCUAAUUUAAUUUCUCAUAAACGUAUUCAUACUGAUGAGAAACCAUACAUUUGUGAUAUUUGUGAUAAAGCAUUUCUCGAGCAAAGUCUUUUAAUUCUUCAUAAACAAUCGCAUUCUGGUGAUAAUUCUUUACCGACUGUCAUUAAUGGAGAAAAACCAUUUGCUUGUGAUAUUUGUGAAAAAACAUUUACAAACAAAAAGGGUUUCAUAUAUCAUAGAAGAAUACACACUGGAGAAAAACCAUUUGCAUGUAAUUUUUGUGAUCAAAAGUUUACAAGCCGGGCUGGAUUAAUUUACCACACGCGUAAACAUACUGGUGAAAAACUUAAACAAAAUGAACAAGUUUCGUGUGAUAUUUGUAAUAAAUUAUUUAGCUCUAAAAGUAGUUUAACAACUCAUAGGCGGAUACAUACUGGAGAAAGGCCAUUUUCAUGUGAUUUUUGUGAUAAAUCGUUUACUCAACAAGCUGCUUUAAUCACCCAUAAACGUCUUCAUACUGGAGAAAAACGUUAUUCAUGUGAAUAUUGUGAUCGAGUGUUUACACAAAAAUCGAAUUUAAUCAUUCAUACACGAACACAUACCGGUGAAAAACCAUUUUCAUGUGAUGUUUGUGAUAAAAAAUGUUCAACUCAAUAUAAUUUAAUGUGUCAUAAACGUAAGCAUACUAAAGAAAAACCUUUUUCUUGUGAUGCUUGCGAUAAAACAUUUGCUCAACAAUACAGCUUAACAAUACAUAAAAAGUUACAUAAUGCCGAGAAACCUUUAUCCUGUUACGUUUGUAAUCUGGUAUUUGAUUAUCAAAGUAGUUUAAUUAAUCAUAUACGAACACAUAAUGGAGAAAAACCGUACACUUGUGAUGUAUGUGAGAAAAAAUUUUCUCACCAAUCGAAUUUAACUAAACAUUAUUUAUUACAUACCGGAGAAAAACCUUAUUCGUGUGAUUUAUGUGAUAAAUCAUUUAGAAGUCAAAUCAGUUUAAUAUGGCAUAAACGUAGACAUACUGGGGAAAAACCAUUUUCGUGUGAUGUUUGUGAUAAAAAAUUUGCCCAACAAAACAGUUUAAAAGUUCAUCAACGAAUACAUACGGGAGAAAAACCAUUUUCCUGUGAACUUUGUAACAAAUCAUUUACCGCUUUAACUAGUUUAGUUUAUCAUAAACGUAAACAUGCAGGGGAAAAAUCAUCCAAACAAAACACUGAAAAACGUUUUCCUUGUGAUUUUUGUGAUAAAACUUUUAUGCAUAAAUUAGGUUUAAUUUAUCAUAAAAGAAGGCAUACUGGGGAAAAUCUUUGUACGUGUGAUAUUUGUGGACAAACAUUUACUACACCAACGAAUUUAGCUUAUCAUAAACGGAUACAUACAGGAGAAAAACCGUUCUCGUGUGAAACUUGUGGCAAAAAAUUUAAUAAACGAACCAAUUUGAGAUACCAUCAGCGAGUACAUACAGGAGAAAGACCUUAUUCUUGUGAUAUUUGUGAGAAAACAUUUACACAGCGUACCAGUUUGUUAAAUCAUAAACGCAUUCAUACUGGCGAAAAACUUUUUCCUUGUGAUCAUUGUGGAAAAACUUUUACUCAACGAUCCAAUCUGAAUAAUCAUAAACGUAAACAUACUGGGGAGAAACCAUAUAGUUGUGAUUUGUGCGAUAAAACAUUUGCAAAUAAAGCUGGUUUAUUGUAUCAUAAAAGAUUACACACGGGUGAAAAACCUUUUUCGUGUGAGGAAUGUGGUGAAACAUUUACGAAUCAGACCAGUUUAAGUUCGCAUCAACGUAAGCAUACUGGGGAAAAACCAUUUGCAUGUGAUUUUUGUGAUAAAGCAUUCACGCAACAUUCUAGUUUAGUAAGUCAUAGACGAAUACAUACCGGGGAAAAACCUUUCUUUUGUAAAAUUUGUGAUAAAACUUUUACUCAACAUACCAGUUUAGUUAACCAUGAACGGAUUCAUACAGGAGAUAGACCUUACUCUUGUGAUGUUUGUGGUAAAACAUUUACACAGCAAUCGAAUUUAAAUAGUCAUAAAAAAGUGCAUGAAAUGCAUGGAGAAGAAACGAUUCCAUGUGAUAUGUGUGAUGAAACAUUUACCAAUCAAAGUAGUUUUGCGUAUCAUAAACAACGAAUCCACGAAAUUAAAACAGAGGAUGGAGAAGAAACGGUUUCCUGUGAUAUGUGUGAUGAAACAUUUACCAAUCAAAGCAGUUUUGCGUAUCAUCAACAAAUGCAUAUCGAUGGCUUAAAGACGGAAACUCAAAUGUUGGAAAGUGUUAAUGUUAAACAGGAACCUAUUACCGUUACUGUUAAAGAGGAAGUUUUUGAGGAGGAAGAAACAAUAGCAUAACUCUUUAUAUAAGUACUAACUUCUGUUUUGAAAAAAAUAUACUAUUGUAAAAUUACCGUCAUUUGCCAUUUAAGUUCAGAUAAUGCCGCCAUUUUCAGCCAAACAGAUUUGGUAUUUAUUGUAAAAAGGUAAGCAGUGCCAAAUGAUAAGAAUCCGGAUAGUCGGCGCUCUUUGCCGAAUAGUCGCCGACUACGAAAGUGGUCGGAUAAUCAGCUUUGCCGACUAGUCGGAACAUCACUAUUAAAAAUACAUGGAUCUGUAUUUUUAUUAUUUUACUUGUUUGCAAUUUUUGCAGCUUAGGCAUAUUGGGAAUAUUCUUACUACUUUCAAAGUCAAAAUUAAAUGAAUACUUAAGAGGGUGGCUAUUUAUUGAGGGAAGAAUCGUAUUUAGCUCUAUCUUUGCUAACAAACUGGCCUUUUUAUAUCAAACAAAUUUUAUAAUAUAAAUUAAUCUCGACUUUAAAUGACUUCUAUAGAGUUGUCCCCUUUGAGUUAAGUAAUUUUAGUUGUACUAUAAUUUCUCUAUAACUUAAAGAUUCGAAGAUAUUUAAGGUGGUAGAAGGUAUUGAUACACCCGGUGCAAAAAGUAAUCAUUAGUCUAGUCUCACUUAUUGUUAAAAGUGCAAUUUUUUUAAAUUUAAAUUCUAAUGGAAAAAUUAUUUAAGUAUUAAUUAUAACUACUAUAAAUAGUAGGGUCAUUCAAAAGGAGGUUUUGGAAUUUACUAAAGCGCGAUAGAUUAAUAUAAGGGAGAUGCCUUGCACUCUGUUGAGUAGCUCUAUCAUAGAUAAGCCCUUUAUGUAGGGCUUUUUUUUUUUGAAGGAAAUGCUCGAGUAAAUUCAUCAAUUCCUCAAUUAUUAAUUUACUUAUAAAUUUUUU